CCCCAUAAACCCCGUGAGACCCCAUAAAAACCCCAUAAAGACACCAUAGGAGCCAAGGCGGCUCCCCAUCCUCCAUUGUUCCCUAUGGGGCGGAGCCCAGCCCCAUAACCUCGCCCUAUGGGGAGAAGGGAGGGCGGCCAUGGCGGACGCGCAGCUCUAUUGUAAGUCCACCCGGGUUUGGAUCCUCGACCCUGAGGAGGUUUGGAAGUCAGCAGAGAUCACCCAGGAUUACAAAGAAGGUGAUCGGAGCCUCCAUCUACAGUUGGAAGAUGGCACUGUAAGGAAAGUCCUCCAAAACUCUAUGGUUCCCCAUGGACCUCCACGGUCCUCCAAAACUCUAUGGUUCCUCACGGACCCCCAAAGCAAUGAACUCUAUGGUUCUCUAUGGACCUUCAUGGUCCUCCAGAACUCUAUGGUUCCCCACGGACCGCCGAAGCCACAAUCUCUAUGGUUUUCCUUGCAACUCUAUGAUCUCCCCAUCGAGCCCAAUGGCCACGGGCUCCCCUUCCUCCGGAACCCCAACAUCUUGGUGGGGCAGAAUGACCUGACGGCCCUCAGCCACCUCCAUGAACCUGCAAUGCUGCACAACCUCAGGGUUCAUUUCUUGGAGUCCAAUCUCAUCUAUACUUACUGUGGUGAGUAGGGAAUGGGGCUGGAGGACUUGGAUUUGGGCUGGAGGACCUCAGUGUGGGGCUGGAGGACUUGGGGGUGGGGCUGUAGGACUGGGGGCGUGGCUGGAGGUCCGGGGGGCG